CUUGCAUCUACGAACCCAUUCUCUACAUUCAUUUCUUCUAGGGGCAGGACUCCAUUUAAUCUUUUUACUUUACAAAAACAAAAUUCCCACCAUCCAAAACCAAUAAAUCUCUUCGACAAUAUGAAGUUCAACGCUCUCAUCGCGACAAUCGCAUCCGCUUCUGCUGUCACAGCUGCGGUACUCCCUCGCCAGAACAACGGCGGUGCCGCACAAAAGGGUGGCAACACUCUCGUUCUCUUUGAGAUCGGUGGUGUCCCAGGAAACGAGUGCCUCACUUUCCGCAACAAUGGCGAAAUCGUCGAUGCUGCUUGCGUGAACGAAGCAGCAGAUCGCCAGCUCACACCCGGCGACAUCAACGGCACUCCAGUCCUCGUCGUGCAGCGCAGCUUCUCCGCAGGAUUCAGACGGGAUCUUGUCAACGCCCAAGCAUGCGUUGGCUUCAACGGAACUACCUUCCUCGCGCAGGAUUGCGCCAGCAAUAAUCUCGACCCCGUCUCUUUCACGAAUGGCCAACUAGUCAGUGCCAGUGGUGCAUGCCAAUCUGGCCAUGAUGGCGCGGCUCAGCUUACAGUUGAUCCCAAUGGUAGGAACUGUGCUGAAUUGACCAGCACGGUUGUUACGCCGACUGCUCCUUAA